GAUAAGCUCCCCACGACCAAAACACGUCCCCUCCCUCUGCACGCUGUUUCAUAUGGCCGCGGAAGAGAGAAUCGACAGCCCUUAAAACAUGUCGAUGAACGAUGCACAGUAUCGCCAUGGGCCUCUCCGUCGCGCAAAUAUCUACCUGGAGGAAGAGAUACCCACGCACAUCAACCACUACAUCGAGAAUCGAGUUUUCAACACGCCAGAUAACGAUGGCAAUAGUCUACAACAGGCGUCUGAGAAAUUUCAGGGCAAAUCUAAGGAACUCGCCCGGAAACCAUCGGGCGAGGCGGAAUGGACGCACGCGCUACAUACAGCAAUUAAUGAUCUAAGACCCGCGGGGCUUCGGAUUGUACGCGAUAAUGACUGGCUCGAGGACAUGAAACCUCCAGUGCACAAUCCUCUGCCUCGCCCCUUGCAUGCAGCUGCAACCACUCCUGUAUUCAGCUUGGAAGAUCCCCGGCCUGCUAUAUGCGUCGGUCUGUCCGACGAGAGCUUAGCAGGGGCUCUUGAGUCCCAGAAGGGUCGCGUCGUCGCGCGAAACCUUUUAUUUGAUUUGCAAGACACGUCCAACUUGAUCAGUGACCCGCAUGUCACUUCCCUGGGCCUUCGAUUUCCCUUUCUAAUAGUCGAAACAAAAGCCGGCGCAACCGGAGGGAACCUAUACCAGGCGCAAAACCAAGCUGCGGUAGGUGGCUCAACAGCUCUCCAGAUCUUCAGAAAUCUUGUAGAUCUCUGCGACGCUCAGUUGCUGGAUCGGGAAAGUCAAGGAGAUACGGACCGGUUGGGGCCAACCCCGGCGUUGUCUGAUGAUGUGUUAAAUCUGGCUUUUUCGAUCACUACAGAGGGCCCGAUUCACGAACUGUGGGUUCAUUUUCAGCGGUCUAGGGAUGAAGACUUUUGUAUGGCUUGCUUGGGAACCUGGAGAACGACUCUGAAAGACGGAUCGCUGGAUUUCUUACGCCAUGUCUUGGCCGUGCUAAAAUGGGGAAACGGGGAGUUGAAAGAUAACGUUGUGGGUGCUCUGCAGGGGUUAUGA